GGUUUCGUGUCAGUAAUCUCAGCACACCGCACGCAAAACGUUCCGAGCUUUCGUCGAAGGCGGACGCUUACAGAAGCGCGCUCAUUUUUAUUAAUUAAUAUUAUUAAUUUUAAAAUUAUUAAUAAUUAUAACAGUUCUGUGCAAGAUGCAGUUGAAAGAUGUCUUCUGUUGUAUCGUUUUCAUGGUUACAGUAGCGGCAUCAUGCGUGAAAGCUGAAAAUCAAAAACAUGAUCUGCAAGAACCAAGCGAAGAGAAAAGAAUCAGGAAACGAGACGCCACGAUGCUCAUCGACAACUUCCCGAUGGAUUCUAGUUACCAGAAUCCGAAAAUCAUCUACAGACGCAUAUCAAAAAUAUCGAGGCAACGCUACGGACCGCCUAAACCAAAAUAUGGGCCGCCCAGACCUGUUUACGGACCACCGAAAUCAAGGAAACCGGGUAAGAAGUACUACGGAAAAGUCAACCCGAGAUACGGCCCUCCUAGUCACAAAAAACGGUCAUCGAAACCAAAGCCGAGAUACGGUCCCCCGAAACGUCAAAGCAAGCCUGUCUACGGACCACCAAAGAAGAUCCCGUAUAACCACUACCAACCAGAAGUGGCUGGAUUUGGCGAACCGCCCAUUCAAAACUCCAAUGACUAUAACACCCACAAAAAGACUUACGGUGAGCCUCCGGUCGAUUCCUACGGAGCUCCAAUUAAAGCGUCCUUAAAGGACAUUUACCCUGCAACGUCUGGCUUAAAAGGCCCAACUAGCUACUUCGAAGCUGACUACAGCAAUUACGGUGAUGAGUACAAAUCUUGGAAGAGCUACCAACAAGAUAAGAACAUAGACAGUGCAUACGCGUUCACAAAAAAGCACCCUAAAUUCGUAAAACCAAAACUUGAGCUUUUCGUCACACCUGCAACUCCUGGAAUGGAGAAUAAUGAAGAAAAUCUGUCAUACUCCGAUGUCUACAUGCACAAACAGAAGGAGAGAGUAAAGAAGCCCCUGAUGCAAGAUUCCAAAACGAAUAAGCCGUGGAAGGUCGAGAAGAAACCGGUCGAUAAUGAUGAGGAAAUAAUAAUUGGGGGUCAAUAUGCUGAGCCUCCAGCGAGGUACAUACCGAAAUACCCGCCAAGUGUCUCCAUGAUGGCUGACGAUGGAGAGUUCUCUCCGAAAGGCUACGUAGAUCCUGACACUACCGAAUCCGCUACUGUUUCCCCUUACGUGAACUACAAGAACAGCAAUCUAGCUUUCAACCCUCAGAAUCUAAACGACGCUUUUAGUAUACCUGAAUAGUAAUUUCUAGAAUUAAGUUUUAUAUUUAAUAGCGAUUCUUUCAGUAUUGACAACGAAAUUUACUUGUAUUGUAACAAUGCCGUUGUUCACUUUCAAUAUAUAUAGUCCACCGCUAAUUAAUAAAACAAACAAUUAUUGGAUUGUUACGACAUUAAUUUAUAUAUAGGUAAUUUGUAAGAUUAUUUAAAUUAAAUUAUUUUAAAUUCCUUA